CUGAGUGUCUCUCUUUCGCACAUCUCGCGUGUCUGUGCCCCACUCCAGGUGUGAUCCAUCGCAGACUCACCCGGAGAGCCUCAGUUCGCGCCGAGAUUCUGCCCAACGCGGUCACACUUUGCCAAACGGUCAGUGCAGUGCCAGAGAAUCACCAGGAAGACGGAGUGCGCGGCAGAACAAGGAGCCAUGGAAGGACCAGUCAAGACAGAGGAGCACAAUGAUGCCGUCGUGCAGAGAUUCUACAGCGGGAAGAACAUCUUCAUGACCGGAGGCACGGGGUUUUUGGGCAAAAUCAUUAUGGAGAAGAUCAUGCGCACGUGCCAGAUCGACACAAUUUACCUUCUCAUCCGGGAUAAGAAGGGCAAAGAUAUGCACUCGCGAGUUGAGGACCUCUUCGAUGACGUGUUGUAUGAUCGCUUGCGGCAGCAGCAGCCAAAGUUCCGCCACCGAAUCCACCCAAUCGCCGGCGAUUGUUCCCUGCCAGGCCUCGGCAUCUCAGCCCACGAUCGCGCCCUUCUGGCGGCCAACGUGCACGUGGUCUUCCACGUCGCGGCCACAGUUCGCUUCGACGAGAAGUUGAACAUCGCCAUGGCCAUCAACGUGAGCGGCACGCGGGAGCUUCUCGCGCUCUGCCGCGAAAUACAACACCUGGACGCCGUGGUACACGUGAGCACGGCCUACGCCAACUGCAACAGACCCGACAUCGACGAGAAGUUCUACCCCCAUCGCAUCUCCGCCAGCAAUGCGCUGCAGAUCUACGAAGCCCUCGAUGCCGAUACGCUGCAGACCGUCGGCGCGGAGCUGUCCAAAGGAUGGCCCAACACGUACACUUUCACAAAGGCCCUGGCCGAGGACUUGAUCAAGUCCGAGGGCAAGGGACUGCCCAUCACCAUCUUUCGACCCGCAGUCGUUCUGCCCACGGCCCAGGAACCGAUCCCCGGCUGGAUCGACAACAUGUACGGACCAACGGGAAUGAUGGUGGGUGUGGCGGCAGGCCUGAUCCACGUCUGUCACGUGCACAAGGACAACAAUGCCGAGCUCGUGCCUGUGGACAUGUGCGUAAAUGCACUGCUCGUGAGCGCUUGGGAUCGAGCGACGCGUGAACACGAAGAGACGCCCAUCAUAAAUUUCGUCACGAAGCCUGGGAACAAACUGCCCUGGAUAGAUUAUAUUGACAUGGCCUGGAAGCAUGGAUCGCAGUUGCCAAUCUUCAAGAGCAUCUGGUACGCCGUGUUCACUGUCACAGACUCCGAGACGUGGUUCGGAGUGCUCUGGUUUCUCUACCACACACUCCCGGCCUUCUUCAUGGAUCUCUGUCUGCGGAUAGUGGGCAAAAAGCCCAAGAUGGUGGACAUCUACAAGAAGGUGAAGAAGUACAGCGACUUGAUCUUCUUCUUCACGCACAUGAAGUUCACCUUCUCCUGCGCCAACGUGGAUGGAUUGUGGAAGAGACUGACCGACCGAGAUCGCGAGGUGUUCUAUUUCGACAUGAGUUCUCUGCAGUGGGACGACUACAUCCGGAACAAUGUCGAGGGCAUUCGACAGUAUCUCAUGAAGGAGUCGGCGAGUUCGAUUCCCGCGGCGAAGAAGCGCCAGGCGCGCUUCAAAGUGCUCCACUACACAAUCAUGUACACAAUCUACGCACUGGGAUUCCUCCUGUUCGCCACGCUGCUGUCCAAGCUCCUUCUGCCCGCCUAACAUUCCCCAGAAGCUCCCAAAACUAAUUCGAUCAAAUAAAGCCAUCCUGGUGGAGUGAA